AUGUCAUUGUCUGUUGGAAAUUCUCUGCGUCCUGCAGCUUUCCGCUGCGUUGGUGCGUCUGCCGUGCGCAUGCGAUGUGCUUUUGGUACGACGGCGUUGCGAAGAAGCGAGAGCUCGACGCCGGGCGAGCUUGGGGUUGGAGAGCUGCAGGGCGCGACGUUUCGCAUUGAGCCUCUCCGGAGGGUUGGCGAGGAUGCCUCGACUAUGCGAGCGAGACUUUUAUACCAAUCUCGGAAGCGCGGAACGCUCGAGUCGGACCUUUUACUGUCUACGUUUGCGUCACAGAACCUGCCCACGAUGACUGCUGAGGAACUGCGGCAGUACGACCUCUUCCUCGACGAGAAUGACUGGGAUAUAUACUACUGGGCAACGCAGCGGGAGCCCAAUUCCACGACGAACCCCUCCAGGUGGAAGGAUAGCGAGAUUUUGGAGAAGUUGAGGGCGCAUGUGAGGAGGAAGAGUGUUAAUGGGGGGGAGGGGACGGGGAUGGCGUUUAUGCCGCCUUUGGAGUCGUGA